ACCAAUCAGAAGCCGCCUUGCCUGAGGCAGACCAAGAUGGCGGCCGACAGCGGCAGCUGCUUGCGGCCGUUCUCCUGCGAGCUGGGCCCGUUAUCGAGGCCCGACGGCUCCGCCGCCUUCCUGCAGGGAGACACCUCCGUGCUGGCCGCGCUGUACGGCCCCGCUGAGGCCAAGGGGAACCGGGAGCUACCGGAGCGGGCGGCGCUGGAGGUGCUUCUACGGCCCAAAACGGGGCUCCCCGGCGUCGGGGAGCGGAGCCGGGAGCAGCUGCUGAGGAGGACGUGUGAGGCGGUGGUGCUGGGGCGGCUGCACCCGAGGUGUGCGGUCAGUGUCGUGCUGCAGGUGGUGGCGGAUGGAGGAUCUCUGCUCUCGUGCUGCCUGAACGCUGCCUGCAUGGGGCUGCUGGACGCAGGCCUGCCCUUGGCCUCCCUCUUCUGCGGGGUCACCUGCGCCCUGCACCCCGAUGGAUCCCUCAUACUGGACCCCACCACCCGGCAGGAGCAGGAGGCUCGUGCUGUCCUCACCUUCGCCAUUGACAGCGCUGAGAAGAAGGUGCUCAUGGCUAGCACCAAAGGGGCCUGCUCCAUGGAGGAGAUGCAGCAGUGCAUUGCUGCAGCCCAAAGCGCUGCCGACACCAUCUUCCAGUUCUAUCGCGAUUCCAUACGGAGGAGGUAUUCCAAGUCGUGACAUGGAAUCAUCCCAACCCCCCCCAUCCUCGGGGGCAGCUGGACUGGCCCCAUGGAGCCUGUGUCCCCCCCCCCAGUAAAGGACCCCCCC